AUGCAGGCGACGCAGACGGCGCUGCAGCGCACGGCCGAAGCGGGCGUCCAGCACCGCCCGGUGCUCGCGAACCAGGACGAGCGCGUGCAGCUCGAGCUGCUGCAGGCGAGGACGAUCUCGCCGCAAGGCGGCCCUCUGCCUGGCGCCGUGGCGCGGCGCCGGCUGCACCCGCCCCGCGCCGUGGCGCUGCCCUCGCACGAGGGCGCGGCCCUCAGUCAGGCGGCGCCGUCCGCCCGCGCUUGGGGCUGGGAGCUCGAGGGCGUCGGCGUGCACCGAAUCCUCGCCUCCAAGGCGUGCCGCAGGGCAAUCAUGUUUGGGGACAUGCUCGACGCUACGCAGUGCCAGGCGCCAUACCUCCCGUCAUCCCCGACGCCGGUCGUUUUCUCGUGCGGCCACGGAAGGCCCUCCAUCGCGCCCAUGCUCCAGCUGCCCACCGCCGACAGCCCGCCGCGGAUGCUGGUGCGCGACAGGAAUGAUUAG